UACAAGAAAAGCAAUGUUUUUUUAGGAUCGGUUAUAGCCUUAACACACAGUUCUUGGUGGUAUAUAUAACUGAUAAACCCUUGGAAGCUUUUCCUAGGAAAAUGAAGACUUAUUCACUGAUGAUGCUCUUCAUUUUGGGGCAAUUCUUCAGUCAACUAGGAUUCUCGAGACGUCAAAAUUUUACUAUUUACAGCCCCGAUGGAGACUUGAUUGACUGCAUCGACCGGGCCGAUCAACGAGCAUUUGAUCAUCCACUCCUGAGAAACCAUAUCAUUCAGGAAUAUCCCACUGGAAUGUCACAAAUUGGAAUAGAAGUAGCGCCGACUGGUCAAGUCUGGCAUGAAACAGGGAAAAAGUGUCCCGCGGGGACGAUUCCAGUGCGCCGGGAAACCGGUGCUCCGAGUGCUUCGUACCGAAAAUAUCACCCAGACGCAAAUGAUCUCGCCGCCAAAGCCACUACCGGACACAAGUAUGCGAUUGGAUUUAUGGUAAACCGAGGGAGAAUUUAUGGAACGAGAGCAACAUUAAAUGUAUGGGAUCCUAUUGUUGAAGCCCAAGGCGAUUUCAGCCUCGCUCAAAUCUGGCUGGCAUCAGGAUCGUACGAAAAUGGGGAUGUCAAUACCAUUGAAGCGGGUUGGCAGGUUUAUCCGUCGAGGUAUCAUGACAACCAACCCAGGUUGUUUACAUAUUGGACGAAAAAUGGAUAUAAUGGCACAGGAUGCUAUGGCAUCGACUGUGGGGGGUUUAUUCAGACGAGCAGCACGAUCGCUAUAGGAGCAGCCAUUAGUCGCACUUCCACAUCCAGAAGUACCCAACUCGAUAUUACGAUACAAAUUUCCAAGGAUCCGGUUUCCGGAAACUGGUGGUUGGGACUAGGCCAAGAUAACGUGCCAAUCGGAUACUGGACUGCCGCAAUUUUCACGGUUUUAUCCGAUCAUGCGACGACGGUUGAGUGGGGUGGAGAGGUUUUAUAUAGAAACCUCUCGGGCGUGAACACGAUGGCCCAAAUGGGAUCGGGAGGAUAUGCGGAUAAAGGCUUCAGGAGAGCGGCAUAUUUUUGCAAUUUGAAAGUGGCGGAAAACAAUCACACUCUUCUACCUGUCGAAGAUUUUGGUGUACAAGCAGAUUAUCCUCAGUACUUUACUGUAAAGAAGUUGUACAACAGCAACUGCGGCAAUCAUUUUUACUACGGCGGACCAGGGCCUCAGCGUUCCGGAGCGGUUCGCGGAACAGUAGUUUCUCGUGUGAUUUUUUUGUUCUUAUUUGUUAGGUUUUUUAAUUAGUUUUUUAUUUGAGUGUGUUUAGUUUCAUAAGUUAGAAAGUUGGGUUAUUGUUACAUAUUAAGACUAAAUUUAAUGAUUCUAGAACUAAUUAAAUAUGAUGAUUUUAAACAUAGAAAGUUAGUAUAUCCGU